AUGAGGAAGCUAUCUGUAGUCCUAAUACUCUGCUUAGUGGUCAUGGCAAUGCCAACGGUUUAUGGAAUUUCUCAAGGGCCCAAAGCAGUUGAAGAGUGGUUCCAAAAGCUCAGUCACAAAACAAAGCUUCACUUCUAUUUCCAUGACAUAGUAAGUGGCAAGAACCCAACUGCAAUGCGGGUGGCCCAGUCCAACAUUAUUGAUAAAUCGCCCACCUUUUUCGGUCUAGUUAUAAUGGCCGAUGACCCAUUGACCGCUGGGCCGGAGCCCACAUCGGAGAUCAUAGGUCGAGCCCAGGGACUCCAUGGUGUAGCAGCAUUGGAUGAGUUCAGUCUGCUUAUGACCAUGAACUUUCAUUUCACAAAUGGAAAGUACAACGGUAGCACUCUUGCGGUCCUAGGCCGAAACCAGGUAUUAAAUUUGUACAGGGAGAUGUCCAUUGUUGGUGGAUCUGGUGUUUUUCGACUGGCUCGUGGAAUUGCCACUGCAAAGACACAUUCGUUCAAUAUUACAUCGGGUGAUGCUAUUGUUGAGUAUAAUGUCAUAGUCCUUCAUUGUUAGGUCUUGGUUGGAUUAUGGAACUUCUCAGUAUGAAAUUUCAAUGUCAAUUCAUCUGACCUCGUCUCAUAUACGGGCUAUGUACAUAUUUUGUGGCAAAGAAAAAAAAAAAAAAAAAAAAAAAAAAAAAAAAAAAAAAAAAAAGGCUUUGUAGAUUAGAAGGUGGUUCAUCGGUUAGAUUUCAUCAAUUUUUGUUUGAUUUCAAAAAGUCACAUAAUACUCCUCCAAAUGCAGCAAAGUAAGAUUAAAUGUGUUUACAAAUAAAAUUCAAUUCAAGGAUCAUAAAAGCAUUUGGUCAAUAGUACUAUCUUCUUUUGGUUUCGUUUUUUUUUUUUUUUGCCCCCCGAUAUUUAGUACCGUCUUUCAUUUCCAAUAAAGCUAGAAUGUUUUGUUUGAUUCUAGUAUGCCAUGCUUUGGGACUUUACAAAGGAGUUUUCUGACUUUUCAUCCAUAUUGUUUUCUUGUUAGCUUGACUUGGAAUGUUAAUUUCAAAAGAUUUCGAAAGUACAUGAUAGUAAUAUUUAAACGGGUUGAC